CCAAUUCAGAAAGAAAUCAAUUUCCAGUUAACCAAUACCAAUCCAACACCAGCCCAAGUAGGAAAUAAAAAGGGUAGUUUAGUCAAAUUCCUAAUCCAAAUUCCAAAUCAUGGCAACAGAGAAGGGCAAGCCCAUCCAACAAUUUUCCGCUUAGUAUAUUUCCCUAUAAAGUGUAUUUUUCAUCGCUGUGGACUCACUAGGUCGACCCCGUUUUCUUUUCCCUCCCCCGCAGCCGCCGUCGCAGGCGUCCGUAAGGAUGCCCGGUAAAUUCCUCCAGCCGCCGUGGGGGAACGUCAGAAUAGGGCGCACCUCCAGCAACGAUUGCGCCGGAAACGGCAACGUCAUACUCAACAAUUACCAGCUUGGCCGGCUUUUGGGCCGCGGUAGCUUUGCGAAGGUGUACCACGCCCGCUGCUUAGACGACGGCACUGACGUCGCCGUCAAAGUCAUCGACAAGAACACCACCGUCGACGCCUCAAUGGAGCCGCUGAUAAUCCGGGAGAUCUCCGCCAUGCGGCGCCUGAACGACCACCCCAACAUCCUAAAGCUACACGAGGUAAUGGCGACGAGGACCAAGAUCUACCUCGUCGUGGAGCUCGCUCACGGCGGCGAGCUCUUCUCUAAGCUCACCCGCAGCGGCCGCUUCUCCCUCUCCACCGCCAGGUACUAUUUCCACCAGCUCGUAUUCGCCCUGCACUUCUGCCACCAGCAAGGCGUCGCCCACCGCGACAUCAAGCCGCAGAACCUCCUCCUCGACAGGGACGACAAGUUGAAAAUCUCAGAUUUCGGCCUCUCGGCCCUGCCGGAGCAGAUCCAAGACGGCCUCCUCCACACCAUGUGCGGCACUCCGGCGUACACCGCCCCUGAGGUGAUGGUCAGAAAGGGAUACGACGGCGCAAAGGCGGAUGCUUGGUCUUGCGGAGUCAUCCUUUUUGCUUUCCUUGCAGGGCGCCUUCCGUUUGACGACGGCAAUGUAUCAAACAUGUACCGUGCAAUGCGAGCCCGAGCCUUCCAGUUCCCGGAUUUGAUUUCCAAGUCUUCCAGGCACAUAAUCAAGCGUCUGCUCGAUCCCAAUCCGUUGACAAGAUUAGGGUUAGAGGAAUUAAUGAAGCUCCCAUGGUUCAAGAAAUCAUCAUCCCAACCAGAUUUGACAGGGGGACAGCAAGUCCUGGAAGAUGAUUUCGAUACCGAUUGCAAAGGCUUGAGCAAAAUGAAUGCGUUCGAUAUAAUAUCAAUGUCUCCUGGGUUGGAUUUAUCGGGGCUGUUCGGGGCGGGAUCCGACAAGAAAGUAAUGAGAUUCACCACAAAUGCAGGAGCGGGAGAGGUUGAGGAGAAGGUGAAGGAAAUUGGUUGCGCAGAGGGGUACAGAGUGGAGAGGAGGGGGAGAGGAGGGGUGAUUAGGUUAGUGAAAGAGAGGCUAACAUUGGUGGUUGAAAUUCAAGAAAUGGCGGCAGAGCUAUGGCUGGUGGAGAUGAAGGUGGUCAAUGGAGAAACGGCAUUCGAUGAGAAGCAGUGGGAGGAAUUCAGGAUUGGGUUGAGAGACGUGUGCUGCUUGUUCAUGGUGGGUGGCAUGAAUGAAUUGAAUUGAAGGUACACGCUGAAUUGCAGGUGGAUUCGUGGAGGAGUUUUUAAAUGAAAUGUUUUUUUUGUGUGUUUUUUCUUACCGAGAAGAGAGGUAGAUGCCUAUAGGUUUGUUCCCAUUUUGUACUUGUGUUUUCAUUCUUUCAUUCAAUACAUAAUACUGGAACAAAUGUACAUCAUUAAU